UGCGCCUCACCGCUUACUGGACCUGCGUAAUGUUAAACAUAAUGCUCGUCCUGGCACUUGAAGGCAUCACGCUGGCCUUUGAAGCAACUUAAUCCAUUACAUCGCUGAUUGAAUUAUCAACCACGAAGUUCACAUUUUGACUCCAUUAAUUAAAGCGGUAUUGUUGUAGGAGUCCUCCACGGCAACUUUAUAAAGCAAGAAUGAAAAUACGAUAUGGAUGCUCCGUACAUAGAUUGAGACGCUGGUGUUUCCUGUUUUCUGUGUCUCUGGUGGCAGUUUGCUUGCUCAAGCUGGUGUACAUCAAAGUGACGGCGAGGGACAGCAUCUACGUGGGCCUUUCGGGAGUUCACAGUCAGAGGUUGGACGUCAACUGCACCGCUAUCUACGAGCUUGACCCUGUGGAAAUAGGCAAAGCUCUGGAGAUGAAACACAAAGCCAUCAUUGACGUGGACGAUGAUAGCACCGUGAGUUUGACUUCGGACUGUCAAAACUUUAUCACAAGGAGGCGUUAUGACGACAUUCCGGUGUCAGGGGUCGAGGACAACUUUCCGCUGGCUUACUCCUUUGUGGUGCACCAAAACGCACCCAUGGUGGAAUGUAUUCUUCACGCCAUCUAUGCGCCUCAAAACCUCUACUGUGUCCACUAUGACCAAAAGUCUUCCCCGGCGUUUAUUAAGGCCAUGAAGAACCUUGCUCGCUGUCUGCCUAAUGUAUUUAUUGCCUCAAAACUGGAGUCAGUCCAAUACGCUCAUAUUAGUCGACUCAACGCGGAUCUCAACUGCCUGUCUGACCUGCUGAGGUCCCAGAUCAAAUGGGAGUAUGUGAUCAACCUCUGUGGUCAGGACUUUCCUCUCAAGUCCAACUACGAACUGGUGGUGGAGCUGAAACGGCUGAACGGCCGUAACAUGCUGGAGUCCAGUCAACCCAGCGAGCUAAAGAAGCAACGCUUCAGUUUUAAGUAUGAGCUGAAGAACGUGCCUUACGAGUACAACCGUAUUCCUGUGAAAACCACGAUGGCAAAAGACAUGCCUCCUCAUGCGCUCGUAAUGUUCACCGGAAGUGCUUAUUUUGUGCUGUCGCGGAGUUUUGUCAACUACAUCAGCAGCAACCAAGUAGCCAAAGACUUUCUGGCCUGGUCAGCAGACACGUACUCUCCAGAUGAACACUUCUGGGCCACCCUUGUCAGACUCCCAGGGGUGCCAGGACACAUUUCUAGAUCCCAACCAGACGUUACGGACUUGAAGAGUAAGACGCGACUUGUCAAAUGGAACUAUCUGGAAGGAAACGUGUAUCCACCUUGCACAGGACUUGGACUUGGGUUGUCUCUUCGACGCAGAGGAUGAUUUGCACGAGCCAGACAUGAAUGUAAGUACAUAUUUAUUUCUUUAACACUAUAACUAACAAAAAGAGGCAAACAGAGGGCGCGCACAAUGGCGGAGAACAAAUACUUGACUACAAAAACAAAUGAUUAGAACAAAGGCUGUAAACAAUAAACGUGAAACAAAAACAUUUGCACUGAGGCAUAAAUACAAAAUUUACGUGGUGUCGUCAAAAAACGAACAGCAAGGCAUGAAGGUAGGUACAUGGAGAUGUGGGUAAAGUGGGAAGUUGCCAGGCCGACUACCUGGUAACUCUUAAUAAUAACUGUGAUCAUUACUAACAGGUGUGAGGGCUGAGGACAGGGCCGUGACUUGAGGGCAAGGUGAAAAUCAAUGAGUUGGCAUGGAGACAAAAACAAACCAGGAAGUGCAGAAACAGAACUGAGUGUCCAAAAAACAAAACAUAACAUGACCAAACAUGACAAAAACAAAACAUGAUUCAUAGGCGUGACAGAGCCCCCUCGUUAAGGACAGCUCCCAGAUGUCCAAAAAAACCCCAAAACAAAACUAUGAUCGAGAGUCAUGGGAGGGCGGCAGAUGGACAUGGCGGUGGGUCGCCAGACCACUUGUUCCCGAAUCCACCGGGGCAGAGUCAGGUGGCGGCGACGCGUAGAGGUCCACUGCACCUGACGAGGUGGGCGACCCGGGAAGGGCCAUAUCUGUGGCCGACAAAAAGGUCGGCACCCUUGGCGUGGCGGACGACCACGUAUUGGCCACCUCUGUGGCCGACGAGGAGGUCGGCGCCCUUGGAGUGGCGGACGACCACGUAGUGGCCGAAAACGAGGCGGACGCGUCGUCAUCGUGGCAGGCGACGAAGCUUGGCGUGGUGCUGCUACUGGCGGCGCUGGAGCUUGGCGUGGUGCAGGCACUGAAGCUUGGCGUGGAGCAGGCACUGGUACUUGUAGUAGUGUAGACACUGGGGCCUGACGUGGUGCAGGCACUGGGGCCCAAGAUGGUGCAGGCAAUGGUACCUUUUGUGGUGCAGGCACUGGGACCCGACGUGUUGCAGGCACUGGGACCCGACGUGGUGCAGGCACUGGGGUCCGUUGUGGUGCAGGCACUGGAGCUUGGCGUGGUGCAGGCAGGCACUGGGGCCCGACGUGGUGCAGGCACUGGGACCCGGCGGGGUGCAGGCACUGGGGCCCGACGCGGACUUGGUGCUAGCCGUGGACUUGGACUUGGUGCUAGCCGUGGACCUGGACUUGGUGCUAGCCGUGGACUUGGUGCUAGGCGUGGACUUGGACUUUGUGCUAGCCGUGGACUUGGACUUGGUGCUAGCCGUGGAUUUAGACUUGGUGCUAGCUGUGGACUUGGACUUUGUGCUAGUCUUGGACUUGGUGCUGGACUUGGACUUGGUCUUUGUGCUGGACUUGGUGCUAGCCGUGGACUUGGCCGUGGACUUGGUGCUAGCCGUGGACUUGGUGCUAGCCUUCGAGUAGUGACAGGUGCUAGCCGUGGUGCAGUCAGCCGUGGUGCAGGUGGCGGUGGCCUUGCUGGAGGCUGCGGCUUAGCAGGCCGAAGGACCGGUGGUGGCGGACGAGCUGGUGGCUGCGGUCUAGCAGGCCAAAAGACCGGUGGUGGCGGCCGUGCUGGCAGCUGCGGCUUGGCUGGCUGAAGAACUGGUGGUGGCGGCCGUGCUGGCAGCUGAGGCUUGGCAUGGAGCUGAGCGACCCCACCUGAACCGCUCCCAGCCCUAGCCCUCCCCUCAAGGGGCGGAUACCAGACGCGCUCACCGCGAUCCGGAAGAGUCUCUUGGGGUGGGCGGAGGGGGGUUGAAUCCUCCUCUUUAAACUGUUCCAAAAAUAUUCUAGUUUCUUCGGUCUUGGUUUGAGAUGGCUAAAAAAAUGUUUUUGUGUGAUGUGGGCGGGGCUUGAGUCUUGGGGGUCGUGGCAUUAAAUUUAGAUGGCUGUGAAUGUUUUGAUAAAGUGUUCAAAAACAUGUUCUGAUAGAGUUUUGAUAUGGACAUAGAGUCUUUAGUUGGGAGCGGCUGACAAAAAAGAGAGUUGAGAAAAAAAAUUCUUCGUCUGUGAUGUCAUAUGUUGACGGUGGCGUGACGCAGCCCACUCCCGCCCGGAGGGGGAGGAGCUUGCGGAGACACGUCCAAUCCGCUCACGGAAGUCCUUCCUGACUUCCUUCGUCGGGAGCGAUGCUUCCGGGAUAGCGGCAACAUGGCGUCGUUAGCGGUACCAGUCUUCCAUCUGGCCCCCACAUUAGGCCUCUUUGCUCCAUGGAGGAAUAGAGCUGCGUCUCCUCUUCCAUGGCUCGCAGAACCGCCAAAGAAGCCUCGUCCAAAUUGUCUGCGAAGAAACCUCUGCUGGCAACUUCUGUCACACAAGGACUUGGGUUGUUUCUUCGACGCAGAGGAUGAAUAUCCAACAAUAGAAAAGCGAGAUAUAAAUCUAAUCCAUUAUUAUUAUUAUUAUUAUUAGUAGUAGUAGUAUUAUUAUUACCCUUACCCUCUCUUGAUAGGUGGAUAAAGGUGUACAUGGAGUACCAUGAAAUUAGGCCGCUGGAACAUUACCUUGGUGCCGGUACGUGGAGUACUUGGCUCUACAAAUACCACCAUUAAAGUACAGUAGCGUAGUAGGCCCAAAUAUUUAGUAACAAAGCAGAGGUUUCAUUUAACGAUUGUACUUCAUAUUUUUGGCCCCUGAAACAUUACACAUAGUUUGAACAGUAACACUGUUUUAGAAUAUAGAAAAUAAAACACUGUACUUCAAUCAAGUGAUUCUUUGGUGGACCACUAGAUGGAGCCCACAAACCACUGUUUGAGGUUCACUGGACUAACCUAUUUAUUAUUAAACGUCUGGAAUGGAUUUAUGCUGUUUUUAAAUUGAAGUGGAUUGGUAAUAGUUUUUGGUGACACUUAGUGAUCACUAUAACUCAUUUAUUUUAGCUCAUGACACAGUAUAUGAUGCGGACACGUUUGUUACUAGAUACUUUCUAAUGCACUCCUGCUUUGGAGACUUUAUAUGUGUAAGUAAUAUACAACUAUAUAUUUUUUUAAAAAGGGACAAGCGGGAGAGAAUGGAUGGAUGUUUAUAUUGACAAUUGAGAUGUUUUACACUGCAAUAGUGUUCAAUUAUUAUUUUGCAUGUCUAGCUGUUGUGUAGCUGCUCGUAGCACUUUUGUAAAUGGCUUCACUAAAAUAGAAAAAAAGUGCAAUCAUGUGUGUUUAAUGGAGGACAUUUAGAUGUUAACUGUCCAGCUUUGCACAUGAUAUCACACAGAAGUAAACUCGCUGCAGGACUGCUUGUAUCGGACAUUUUCUAUGUAAGCUGAUAUCAUUCGAUACCUAUUUUUUUGUUGAUAAUGGACCGAUAUCAGUAUCCAAUUGAGACACCCUUUUAUAUAUAUUUUGGAGGCAUUUUAGAUUUUUUCGUACGACUAUAACCAAAUACACAGCUUCAUUCCAGUUGUAAAAGAUAUUGUGUGUUUAACUGCUAUUAACAGAUGUCGACAUAGCGGACAUUCAUCCGUUCAUGUCUCAAUGUGACAACCUUGAGUAAUAUUACACAACUAUGUGUACACGGUAUUCCAGUAAGUUAGUGGAGUUUUGUUUUGUUUUGUUUUUGUUUGAAACAUUAAGUACCCAAAUAUGACUGUAACUUGCAGUGUUAUUUAUACAUGUGGUUGUUUAAAGGCCUACUGAAACUCACUACUACCCACCACGCAGUCUGAUAGUUUAUAUAUCAAUGAUGAAAUAUUAACAUUGCAACACAUGCCAAUACGGCCUUUUUAGUUUACUGAAUUGUAAUUUUAAAUUUCCCGGGAGUUUCGUCUUGAAAACGUCGUGUAAUGGUGACGUGUACGCAAGACGUCACGGGUUUUUAGGAAGUGUGAGCGCUACGCACACACACAGCUAAAAGUCGUCUGCUUUAAUGGCAUAAUUACACAGUAUUUUGGAGAACUGUGUUGCUGAAUCUUUUGCAAUUUGUUCAAUUAAUAUUGGAGAAGUCAAAGUAGCAAGAUGGAGUUGGCAAGCUUUAGCCUUUAGCCACACAAACACACGGUGAUUCCUUGUUUAAAAUUCCUGGAGGUGAAAAUUUACUAUGGAUCAGAGCGCAGUCAAGCGAACAUAAAACACGACGGAAUGUCAACUAGCAGGUUUCGGUGAGAAAAUUGUGGUUAAAAAGUCAGUUCUUACCGGAGAAAAGCUGAGCUUGCCACGUGCAUAGCUGCUGUCGACUCCCCUGAGACACUGCGCGUCAAGACACCUGUGGACGUACACCUCCGACUAUCAGGUAAUAUUUAACUCACUAAAACACUAGCAACACAAUAGAAAGAUAAGGGAUUUCCCAGAAUUAUCCUACUAAAUGUGUCUAAAAACAUCGCAACCGUCCCAAUUACAUCACAAUUUUUUUUUUUAACUUUUUUUUCUAGUCCGUCGCUAUCAAUAUCAUCAAACACAAAUCUUUCAUCCUCGCUCAAAUUAAUGGGGAAAUUGUCAUUUUAUCGGUCCGAAUAGCACUUUUUGUUGGAGGCUCCCAUUAUAAACAAUGUGAAUAUAUGAGGAGCCCCCACACUUGUGACGUCAUCGUCUGCGACUUCCGGUAGAGGCAGGGCUUUUGUCUUAGCACCGAAAGUUGAGAACUUUAUCGUCGAUGUUCUGUACUAAAUCCUUUCAGCCAAAAUAUGGCAAUAUCGCGAAAUGAUCAAAUAUGAGAUAUAGAAUGGACCUGCUAUCCACGUUUAAAUAAGAAAAUCUCAUUUCAGUAGGCCUUUAAAUGUCUUUGGUCUGGUUUGAAAAAAGUUCUAUUUUGGUUUCAUCUGACCACAUGACAUUCUCACGAUCCUCUGUUAUAUCAUCCAUGUAUCCAUUUUGGUACAAACUCAAAUCGUCGUGUUUGGAGGAAGAAGAAUACGGAGUUGCAUUCCAAGAACACCAUUCCUACUGUGAAGCAUCAUGCUUUGGGGCUGUGUUUCUGCUAAGGGGACAGGACGAUUGAUCCGUGUUAAGGAAAGAAUGAAUGGGGCCAUGUAUCGUGAGAUUUUGAGCCAAAACCUCCUUCCAUCAGUGAGAGCUUUGAAUGGUUGACCAAAUACUUAUUUUCCACCAUAAUUUACAAAUAAAUUCUUUAA